GAUGCAUUAGGGCAUCACAACAAACGUGCUAACGCCGAACAUCACAGAAAACAAGCCGGGCAGAUAAUUCUUACUGCGACAUGAGGUGCUGAUUUUGUUAGGCAGCUAUGGCACCGGGCGAUAUGCUGCCAGACCAUGCCAAACAAGUCAAGUCCAAGGAGAAGCGUUCUGGAAAUAGAACUUCAAAAACAGAAAGUGAGACUGAUGGCUCAUUUGUCUUCGAGGCACAUGAGGCCUGGAAGGACUUCCAUAACUCCCUCAGGCAUUUCUAUGAAGUGGGGGAACUCUGUGAUGUGACACUGAAGGUUGGCAGCAGGUUGAUCCCAUGCCACAAACUAGUGCUUGCAUGUGUGAUUCCAUACUUCAGAGCCAUGUUCUUGUCGGAGAUGUCUGAGGCCAAGCAGGAUUUGAUAGAAAUCAAAGAUUUUGAUGGUGACGCCAUUCAGGACCUCGUACAUUUUGCCUAUUCCUCCAAGCUGACUUUAACAGUGGACAAUGUGCAACCACUGCUGUAUGCAGCAUGUAUACUUCAUGUGGAGUUAGUUGCACGAGCAUGUUGUGAGUACAUGAAGGCCCAUUUCCAUCCGACAAACUGCCUUGCAGUUCGCACCUUUGCUGAGAGCCACAACCGUGUGGACUUGAUGGACAUGGCUGACCGUUAUGCGUGUGAGCAUUUCAAAGAGGUUGUGGAGUGUGAGGACUUUAUUUCUGUUUCGCCACAGCACUUGCGCACUCUUCUCUCCUCCAAUGAUCUAAAUAUCCACUCAGAGACGCAGGUAUACAAUGCAGCUGUCAAGUGGCUUAAAGCCAACCCACAACAUCACGAGGCCUGGCUGGACCAGAUUAUGUCUCAGGUGCGCCUGCCAUUGCUCUCUGUGGAGUUUCUAACAGGAACUGUGUCUAAAGAUGAGAUGAUCAAAGGUAACCUAAGCUGUCGGGAUCUUUUGGAUGAAGCAAGGAACUACCACCUGCACAUGAGCAACAAUGUGGUGCCAGACUUUGAAUACUCGGUCCGCACUGUGCCACGGAAGCACACUGCAGGCGUUCUGUUCUGUGUCGGAGGUAGAGGAGGUUCUGGUGAUCCAUUUCGUAGUAUUGAAUGUUACUCUAUUACCAAGAAUAGUUGGUUUUUUGGUCCUGAGAUGAACAGCAGGCGGCGACAUGUGGGGGUCAUUUCUGUAGGAGGCAAGGUUUAUGCUGUGGGUGGCCAUGAUGGUAAUGAACAUUUAGGGAACAUGGAGGUGUUUGACCCCCUCACCAAUAAGUGGAUGAUGAAAGCCUCUAUGAACACCAAGAGGAGGGGGAUUGCGCUGGCAGCACUUGGCGGUCCCAUCUAUGCUAUUGGGGGUUUGAACGAUAAUUCCUGUUUUAACGACGUGGAGCGAUAUGACAUUGAGGGUGAUUGCUGGAGUUCUGUGGCUCCCAUGAACACCCCUCGUGGUGGAGUGGGCUCUGUGGCUUUGGGGAGCUAUGUUUAUGCAGUCGGGGGCAAUGACGGUGUGGCAUCACUGUCCAGUGUGGAGCGAUUCGAUCCCCACCUCAAUAAAUGGUCUGCAGUGAGCGAGAUGGGCCAAAGGCGAGCCGGAAAUGGAGUUAGCAAACUUAAUGGAUGUCUGUAUGUAGUGGGUGGAUUUGAUGAUAACUCGCCCCUGAGCUCUGUUGAACGCUUUGACCCUCGAAUGCACCGCUGGGAGUUUGUGUCUGAGCUUACCACUCCUCGGGGGGGUGUUGGAGUCGCCACUGUGAUGGGAAGAGUGUUUGCGGUGGGAGGGCACAACGGCAACAUAUACCUGAACACAGUGGAGGCGUUUGAACCCCGGAUGAACAGAUGGGAACUGGUGGGCUCGGUGUCUCAUUGUCGAGCCGGUGCCGGAGUGGCUGUAUGUUCCUCCCAUGUGAGUCAGAUCAGGGACGUGGGCCAGGGCUCCAGCAACGUGGCCAACUGCAUGUGAGAAUCCCCCAGGUGAAGCACAGCUGUCACAUCUAACUCUUGCACAAGCACAAGCCACAGCACAUAGAGUGACUAAUGCUAAAGGCCUGUUCAUAAAAAUGAAAAUAUAUAUACUAUAUAUAAGUGCACACAGAAAAGGUAAUUGUACAUAAAUCGUGUGAACACAUCCUAAACUGUUGCUGGUGGUGUUUUACAAUCUGUUGUGUACUAUUACGUACUGUAUUUGUCAUGUGUGGCUGCUAUACGUCAUUUUGACUUGAGGGAAAGGCAAAUGUGAAUGGCCUUUAUGUUUCUAAUGUAAAAAGUGCUCUGUUUCAUCAGAACACAUCAUGCUGAAAAUUCAAGACUUCUACAGUUUAAGGUUCAUGUGUAAAUUUGAUACCAUGUUUUAGCCAUAUAUUGCCUCACUAAUUUAUUCUUUGUUUUUUAUUGGCUUUGAGAAUUUUGUUACAUUUUGACCAUCAUUUUGAUGGAACUAUCAUUAUACUGUCUGUUAAACAGAAAGUUUAUUCAAACUGCUGCCGCUGCGUUCUCAAUUACAUAAAGAGGCAUAAUGAUUGUACAGUAAAGGACUGAAUAAAGCAAUAUAUGUGGCAGCGUUCAAACCCAAUCCAGAGAGAGUUCUUCUUCAGACUUGUGUGGGACGAUAGCUGGGCUGUCCUCAAUCUUAAUCAGACUGCUUUUUGAUAUCUCUGCCAAUGCUUCUGUUCUAUUUUAAUAAUGGACUCUUUGUAUAUAAUUGAUGUAUGUCUUAGUCUUUAAUAUUCAUAUUCAUGCUGUGUGCACUAUUUUUCUAGAAAAUGUAGACGUGACAUCUGGGUAUAUUUUUGUCUUCAAUAGAAAACUAAACU